AUGUCCACCACAACCCCCACCACCACCAGCCCUCCCGCCAAAAUCCACAUCACCAUAACCAUCACCCCAGAAACCCACUCCUUCACCACCAACCCCCUCCCCCCCCUCCUAACCCUCUCCCUCCUCUCCCACCACCCCACCCAAAUAACCCUCUGCACCUUCAACCGCCCCUUGGCCCUACCCUCCGCCCUAACAAACCGCACAAUAACAAUCCACUCCCUCCCCUCCCGCCAAAAAAUCGAAACCUGUCUUUUUCAAGUCAACCGUUCCCCCGUAACCCGCAUCAGAGGCGAUUCAGACGAGCAGUUCUACCUCACUUUACUCCCUAACACUCCCACCGCAAUCUCAACCCCCUUUGGGAGGGGUGGAGGGGUGAAUAAAAUCCGGCCUGUGCCAAAGGCCAUCGCGGAGAAGGGGUGGGAGGUGGAUGAGGAAGGAAGGGAGAGGAGGGUAAGGAGGUCGGUGCAGCCUACUGGUGUUGAUGGGUUGGAGCCGGGGUUGGAGUAUGAAGUUGGUUUGGAUAGGGAGAGCCUAGAGGGGAUGUGGUGGGCGCCGGUGGGGAGGGAGGAGAUUUUGAUUGAAGGGGGAACGACGGAGGGGAGGUAUAUGGGGGAUUAUGGGGGGUGGGUGAAGGGUGGGAUUGAGUGGGUUGUUGAGGGGGGGAGGGUGAAGGUGGAGGGGUAG